UGAAUCUAUGGAUCUAUGGGUUGUGGAAUCAGUUCAGCGUUGAGGUGCGUGAAUUUAUCCAUGCUGGUUCAGAGAUAUGAUGAUUGUGGGGUGUUUACUGCUCUUGAAACCGGUGGUGGGGACAGGUAUCUCCUGCCAGAUCGUCGUAGUCAGAAGAGAUCAUGGCCUGGAUGGUGGGGGUCCUUGAUUAGGAUUUUGGACUUGGCUUGGGAAAACAGUCCAACAGUCUGGUAAGUAUUUUGGUGGUACAGGACUGGCUGAUUUUCCAGACCAACUUAUUAAUAUCCUGACACAUUUUAAAAACUUGUUAUAAAUGUUACACAGUAUUAUUACACAUUUUCCAGUGAACCCAGUAAAUGUAAAAUAUAUAGUACUUAGAAACAGAGCCCCACUGAGUUUAAGGGGAAAAGUGCCUUUUCUAAAAGCAGUUCAAACCAGCUAUGGUGCACAUAUGGUGAAGUCACAAUACAACCCACGGUAUUCUGUGAUGGUGCUGAUGAAACAAUUUAAAUGUCAUCGGAUAUUUAAUCAUUGUUCUGAAUUGCAACAUGUAGAGAGAAAAUCAUUUGUGAAGACAAAAUUUAACAAAAAAAUCCAAUUCAGGUGACCUUUACAGAAUGAAGCUUGCAGUUAGAGGUUUUUUUUGGUGAAUGAAUUUAACCAUUGGUAAGGUAACUCGCUGUUUCAUAUUUUGGUAACAAAUUCACAUUUCAGCUGAUAUCUUUUUCCAUCAUUCUCUGUUUCUCAUACUCAUUUAACCUGAACAGCAAAUGUAGCAAAGCUGAAGAAUUUAUCCCACCACUUAAAUAUAAUUCCUCAGUCUACUGAGCUACCUCAAACAAUGCUUAAAAAAAUGCAUUCUGUGAUCACACUACGGCUUGCAAGAAUGUGCUCUGCCCAAGUUUUCUGCCAUAUUCUCUUCAUUAGAACAGUGAUAGCACUUCAAAAAGGUUCACUUGUCCCACCUUAUGGACUCUUUUAAAUAAGAAUAUUACUAAAUUCUAGAGUCCAAUAUAUGUAUAUAUGUUUGUUUCCAUGAAUGGCUAAAACUGUUCUCCCUCUACAUUGAUUGCUUUUUGUGACUUUACGGACAAAUUUGACUCAUGGACAUCUGUGAAAAUGAAAUGCCAUUUGUUAUCCAGGAUUGACUAUAAAUUAAAACAUCAAAAAGGUAUUUAAGCAGGUACUUGGGUAGGAAAGGAGUGGAGGGACAGGCAAAUGGGAUUAGCAUUACGGUUGGGAAGGAUGAAUUGGACCACCCAGCCUGUUUCAGCACUUCAUGGUUCUAUAAGCCCUAAGAGAUAAGAUCCAAUAUCAGAAGCAGUUUAAAGUUGGUCUUUUGGCAGCAGUAAAAAAAAAGAGUUCAUGUUGAAAGUUUAGUUCAUUUUUACAACUCUUCUAAUUAACUUUUGCAUUGAUUUCAGUCAGAGGGAAAAUGCGUGUUGUAAAAGCAGGUACUGAACUAUGCCUCUGUGCUACAACAGAACACCUGCUUACAGAACAACAUGCCCCUGGUUCAGGAGCAAAAAUGGUCCUUAAAAAACUGCAGCACUUCAUUGAGAUUUCUGCUCAUUUGAUUGGACGAGGGAGCCAUUCUGUAUUGCUCAGCAACAGAGGCUGAACCUCCUCCUGCAGCUGGUGAUGACAAACUCAACCAGGUUCAUCUACAGAGCAGUCUGAAAGAAACGAUUCUAACUGCAAAGCCACUGCGCUUCUGAAAGAUGGAACUGUGUCUAGCAUCAUACGCGGGGGAAGCCCCACAUUUCAAAAGUACCCGAAAUGCUGGCACUCAAGGACACCAUUGUCCCAAUCAGCUACAAGGCACCGAGGAAGAAGGGAACGAUCGAACAGGAAAGAAAAAUGAACAGGCACUCAAUCCUCGUAAAGCGGAAGUGGGAAUAAAGAUCAAGAAGCGUAAAAAGGAAAAGAUGGCAAACAUCACCUCCAGUAUGAGUGAUCCUUGCUCGGGAAGGUCAUCAGCCUUUGAUCCCUACCAAACAACAUUCAAGCGGGACUUUGUUUAUCGUCCAGGGUCCAUGACUCAACCUAUUCGACCUAAAUCAUCUAAUGGGUUUACUUACCCCUACCAGCUCCACGAGCCUAUUGGUGACACUUCAUAUUCAAAUGACUACGCCUGGAAGUUACUGAGCAGUCCACACGGUAGCAGAGGAUCCUCAGGCAGUGAACCUUAUCCAUGUGAUGUUUUGUGGCUGUGGAAACAGCUCAAGAAGAAUCCAGAGUCCUUCCCAAGGGUCAACUCAUAUUUCCCUCAACCAAUGUCUUCUGAUGACACCAGCAGACUAAAAGCACAUCAGUAUGAUACAAUAUACCGGCAGGAUUAUCUGGGACUACAGCAAGAGCUCACGAAGAAAUGCCCCCCGUGUGUGCCUAUCCAAGGAAUGGGAGGACGCUGUCUUCCUCUCACAGAUAGCCAGCAUCACUAUAGAAAACCAAACCAAAAACCGGAGCUGGCAGCCUGCACGUCCCGAUAUGGCAGCAAUAAACAAUGGAACAUUGCUGCGAAAGGAAUAGUGCCCAAGUUGACACAAUCACAUAUGAAAAUCCAGGAGAACAGCAUGCAGCCAACCACAUAUGAGAGAGAGUAUGGGAGUGCCGAGCGGGAAGUUUUAUUGCAAAUUUUAAAUAAGUAACUCCAGGAAGUGAAGCAAGCUAAUAGCGACGCGUCUAACGUCCUCGUCCAAUGGAUCCAGGUCGUCAAUGUGAAUGGUCCAGCACAGAUAAUGAACUGUGAUAAUAAAUGUCACAAUCUGAAAAUACGAAGAACUGUAAUUUAUUGUUUAUAGGCUUUCUGGAAGCCUCCAUGUGUGUAAUAGCUACUUCACUGAAUCAAGUAUUAACAAUUAUUAAAUAUUUUCUGAAUUUUGGAAAUAAAUCAAUUUUCUAUGGUUCUUCAGUUUUUGCUUUACUUCGCUGAUAUUAACUGAUUGAAGAAAUUCUGUAAGAAUUUCCUUCUGUAGCUCAAACCUCUAUGUUUCUUCUCAAGUUUAUGAUAUUGUAAAUUUUAGGGAUUUCUCUUAUUUGGGGAAAAACACAACAUUGAGUAAAUAUCACUGUCUUUCUGUUUUUAUACACCAUUUCACCAGCUAAGUUACUUCAGCCCAUGCAUACGCAUGUUAUUGUUUCUGUUGCUUGAGUGACUGAUGUAUAUUUUGGGUAUUCCAUAUACAAUAUUCCCCACUGCAACCAGAUAUCUUGUUCCACUUAAAUAAAUUGUCUUCUAACCUUGCCAAUGAUUAAGGUAUUGUAAAAUUGUCCAAUCUGUCAUGUGGAUAUAUUAGCCUAGAAACUCUGUCUCAUUAUACUUUGUAAGUGCUACUUGCUUUCAUGCUAGUGAAUGCAGACCGUGCAUGGUUGAUAUCAGUCCUCAUGCAAUGCUCAGAUCAGUGCUCCUCUAUGAAAAGAUAACAUGGGAAUGUAAUGAACUCACAGAAAAGCAGAUAUGAACAACCAUGCAAAUAUACACUUAAGUGGAAUAAUCAGUCACGACCAAUUUUGUUUAGAAUCAUUUGUAGAAGAGCUCAGUUAGCUUUCUCACAUAUACUGCAAAACAUACAGUAGAAUGCAUCAUUUACGUCAAUAAACAACACAGCUGUAAUCUGUGGACUGUGUAAUCUCACACCUCUUUUUUGCUUCUUUAUUGACGUCCCAUAUCAUUUCAGUAAUGACUGUGCAAAAGAGAAAUAUGUAAUUGAAAUAUUGAAAAAACAGUUAAUGACAAUGAAACCGAGAAGCCAAAACUUACCCACUAUAGAAAUUAAAAAUAA